CGGAACCACCAGUGCCGAAGCACACUUGGGCGAUGACGUAACGUGGAGUCGCUGAGGCCUACCUACCCAGUGAUGCCAUGGUAACUGCUGGUUGCUAGGGUGGUUGGGAGUUGUAGUCAUUUUGUUACCAUCUCGAACUGCAAGAGUCAGAAGAGUAAGCUAGCUACUCUUUAAAGCGAAAAGGCUAAAAUAGCUUCAAACUGCUUCUAUGGACUGUACCCUAACGGUAGUCGCUUCCGCCGCCGCAAGUGACGCCAUCGCCUCGCCGCACAGCUAACAAACCUAAAAGAAGCAUCAUGUUCCAUGACUUCAGUUCACCCCAGGGGACGUCAGGCUGCCCGUGACUGGAAGUUCAAGAGUAAAAGGUCACGGAGUAAUAGUGAUUCUUUUCAGGAAGAGGAUCUGAGUCAAGGUUUUCAGUGGAGGAAGAGCCUCCCUUUCGGGGCAGCCUCAUCUUACUUGAACUUGGAGAAGCUGGGUGAAGGUUCUUAUGCUACAGUUUACAAGGGGAUUAGCAGGAUAAACAGACAACUAGUGGCUUUAAAAGUCAUCAGCAUGAAUGAAGAAGAAGGAGUCCCAUUUACGGCUAUCCGGGAAGCUUCUCUUUUGAAGUGUUUGAAACAUGCCAAUAUUGUGCUCCUGCAUGACAUAAUCCACACCAAAGAGACACUGACGUUCGUUUUUGAAUACAUGCACACAGACCUGGCCCAGUACAUGUCUCAGCACCCAGGAGGACUUCAUCCCCACAAUGUCAGGCUUUUCAUGUUUCAACUUUUGCGGGGCCUGGCAUACAUCCACCACCAACACGUUCUUCACAGGGACCUGAAACCUCAGAACUUACUCAUCAGUCACCUGGGAGAGCUCAAACUGGCUGAUUUUGGUCUUGCUCGAGCCAAGUCCAUUCCCAGCCAGACAUACUCUUCAGAAGUUGUGACCCUUUGGUACCGCCCUCCUGAUGCCUUGCUGGGAGCCACUGAAUAUUCCUCUGAACUGGACAUAUGGGGUGCAGGCUGCAUCUUUAUUGAAAUGUUCCAGGGUCAACCUUUGUUUCCUGGGGUUUCCAACAUCCUUGAACAGCUGGAGAAGAUCUGGGAGGUGUUGGGAGUCCCUACGGAGGAUACCUGGCCUGGAGUUUCCAAAUUACCUAACUACAAUCCAGAAUGGUUCCCACUGCCUAAGCCUCAGAGCCUUCAGAAUGUCUGGAACAGGUUGGGCAGGGUUCCUGACGCUGAAGACCUGGCCUCACAAAUGCUGAAGGGUUUUCCUAGAGAUCGUGUCUCCGCCCAGGAAGCACUGGUUCAUGAUUAUUUCAGCACCCUGCCGUCUCAGCUACACGAGCUUCCUGCUGAAGAGUCUUUGUUUACAGUUUCAGGAGUGAGGCUGAAACCAGAAAUGUGUGACCUUUUGGCCUCCUACCAGAAAGGUCACCAGCCAGUCCAGUUUAGCAAAUGCUGGUGAAAAGAAAGGGUGACAUCACCGAAAUCCUUCCAGGACUACAUUACUGCAAUUUCAGUUUUAAUUUGCUUCAACUACUAAGAAGCUUCCAAUUUAACUCCACACUGGACCAGGGGUUUUAUACCAUCACCUGUGACCUGGAAUAUUUUAAAUAUGACGUCCAAGGCAACGGUACAUAAUACUUGAAAAGAAAGCAAUCGAAGGUUAUUGCUGUUGUCAUUUGCUUAGAAUUUCAUAGUGAUUGGCUCAAAAAUUAGACAUAGGUUGAAAUAAUCUGAGAAGAGGACUUCUGAAUAAUUGCAUCCAUUUCAAUACUUGAUAGAUCCCUGGGUAGGAAGUACAGCAGGACAGAUGGGAGACUGACAAUUGAAAGAAUUUGGAGACAGAACUGGUGCUUACAGAGGCCUGUCACCCCUGCGUUCGCUUACAAUUUCUCCCAACAAAAGGAUUUCUGUGGCAAGGAGAGGAAUAGUCUAAAGUUUAGAAAAGUCUCCAGAGAAGAUGGUUUCUUGGAUAAAGUUGUCAAAAAAAGGACUUGCUUAAGAUUUUUGGUUAUGAUUUCCUAGGGGGUGCUUCUUCCUUCACUAAUCGUAUUAUCAAAACACAUUACCACCCACCCCAGCCAGAUCUGAGGAGUUUGGAUUGAGCUACUGGUUAGAAUUGAAUUUCAGGCUAUCUCCUUCUACUGAAUUCUAAUUGUCUGUGAUAGCAAAAGUGAUGAGGAAUCUAAGCUCUGAUUUGAUGGUUGAGAUACUGAAUAGAUAGAUAGGAACAAAGAGUUCCAAAGAUGUAAUUCAAGCCCUGUCGCACCAUCAGACACACAUGCAUGUGCGCACACACAUAACCCUCAAAUAAAAUGAGAGAUUUGUCUCGGCUAACACAUGUAUUGUUUUCUACAAUGACUCCUUCUAGAAGAAGCAGGGAAACUCAAAUUACUUCAUCUAGGGAUCAUCUACUCAGGAAACAUAGUAACCUAGAAACCAGAGACCUCUAUAUAUUCUUUAGAAGAACAAGGAGGAACUAAUUAAGAGAGAAUUAAAAAAGUGGUACCUAUCCACCCAAAAUCUGAGAUGGAAGAAGGAAAAAGGUGUACAAAUACCUUAGUGAGUAUUUGAUUUUAGUAAAGCAUUUGACAAAGCCUGUCCAGAUAUACCUGAAAGAUGAAACUGUGGGGGCUGGAUGAUGGGGCAGAUAUCUGUACUCCAAGAACGGUGGUUAUUCGACCUAGAGAAAAGCCAAUAACGGUGUGAUGAAAGGUUCAGUCUUGGGUCCCAUUCUGGUCAAAUAUUUUUAUUAAUCACUUGAAUAAAAUCAGAGAAGGUACACAAUUUAUUCAUACAACUCACUGAAGUAAGUACUGUUAUUAUUAAUUUAUGACUUCCAUUUUACAAAGGAGGACUUCUCUGGCCCCGAGAAGUUAAAUAACUCUCCAAACUAGUACACCAGAGUUAAGGUAGAAACCUCAGGUCUGGCUGCCUCAAUGUCUAUGAUCUUUCCAGUAAUCACAUACCUAUCAAAUCUGUAGCAUAGACAACUCUUAAAGAGGCAGCUGCUAUUUAGCUUUGCAUCAUGAUUCAAAAAACCGAGACCUUGCUGAAAGCUAAUGUGUGCCAUUAUACACCUAUCAGAAUGACCAAAUUCCGGAACACUGACAACACCAAAUGCUGGUUGGGUGUAUAGCAGAAGGAACUCUCUCAUUGCGGGUGAGAAUGCAAAGUCGAACAGCCACUUUGGAAGACAGUUUGGUGGUUUCUUACAAAACUAAACAUAUUCUUAUCAUAUGAUCCAGCAAUCCCACUCCUUGGUAUUUACCCAAAGGAGCUGAAGAUUUAUGUCCACAGAAAAAUCUGCACACAUAUGUUUAUAGCAGCUUUAUUCAAAAUAGCCCAAACUUGGAAAUAAUCCAAGACGUCCUUCAGUAUGCGAAUGGAUAUACUGUGGUACAUCCAGACAAUUGAACAUUAUUCAGCACUAAAAUGAAAUGAGCUAUCAAGCCAUGAAAAGACAGGGGGAAAACUUAAAUGUAUAUCACUAAAUGAAAGAAGCCAAUCUGAAGAGGCUACAUACUGUAUGAUUACACUAUUUGACAUUCCGGAAAAGACAAAACUAUGGAGACAGCACAAAUUUCAGUGGUUGCCAAGGGAUGGGGAAGAAGGGAUGAAUAGGUAGAACACCGAAGAUUUUCAGGGCAGUAAAAAUGCUUUGUAUGAUACUAUAAUGCUGGAUACAUGUUAUUAUACAUUUGUCUCCUAGAAUGUACAAAACCAAGAGUGAUCAUUACGUAAACUAUUGACUUUGAUGAUUAUGAUGUGUCAAUGUAGGUUCAUCAAUUGUAACGCAUGUUCCACUCCCGUAGGGGAUGCUGAUAAUGGAGGCUGUGCAUGUGUGGGGCAGGGGGCACAUGGGAAAUCUCUGUAACUUGCUCUCAAUUUUACUGUGAACCUAAAACUGCUCUAAAACGUAAAGUCUAUUAAAAACAAAAUAAACCAAACAAAAAAUUAAUGAGCAACAAGCCAAUAUAACCUUCAUUCCUAUCAAAUUUCAUCUGAUUAACUUCUUACACUUUAGGUUUAAAAUGUCAACAAGUAAGGCUAUGUGUGACAUACUAGUAGAAAUUGGUACUUUUAAGUGCAAUAUAAAUUAAUAGUACCGUGUUUCCCCGAAAAUAAGACCUAGC